AUCCGAUUCAUCGGCUGGCUGCCGGUCGGUCGCCAUAUUUGUGGCGAGCUAAAAAGGGUUUCGUUCUCUAAAGUUUUCGUCGUUAUCGACGAAAGGGAGUAGUUAUACUCCCUUUUUUGUGUUUAAAGUUUCGUACUUGUCUAUUUACCGCGUGGUAAAAGUAAUUUGUAUAGAGAAAUCUAUUUUUCUUUGUUUUGUAUUAUAAACAUGGCUUUCUAAAAUGUCGGCCUUGCACGUAAUAUCGUUAUCUCCUUGCGGAGUCCCCCGCUCAGCUGUUUCUGUGGAUGUUGGAGGAAUCCAGAAUGGACAAGAAAUCUUUGAACCGAUCUUCUCAGCCACAGUCGAGGGCAUCAGCCAUCGACUGUAAGAAAAAUACUGAUUUGACACAGAGGCCUUGGCCGCGUAAUAAUAAGAAACGUGAAGGACCUGGAAGUACUCCUAAAAAUGAACCUAGUAGGAAGAAUGUGCCGGCUCAGCGUGGUAGGGGACAGGUUGACAGGAGACCCCGCGCUCGUGGUCCCACCGGUUACCCUAUGGGUGGAACGUCGAACACCAGGGUAGAAGAGGAUGAUGAGCCUGAAAUAGGCUCAGUGUUUGUGCCCGGAAGCAAAAAGCAAAACUUGAACCAUUUGCUGAACUUCAUGUAUCCCUCUCGUGGGGUGCCGGAGCGUAGAGGUGUCCAGCAGCGUCGGCCAGGCCAACAGUAUCGUUCUUCAAACCGGCAUGAUCAUGAUCUCUAUCUAAGGGCAUAUUGCCAAUUUGUGGUGAAAGAAGAUGGAGAUUAUAAGCCAAACCUCUUGGACCCUGAUAUACCCAUUAAGUGGGAACAUAUUGAAGAAAUUGUGGUUAGAGGCACAGGUCGUUCCGAGUGUCCAAUAUGCCUGGGCCCUCCGGCUGCGGGUCGCGUCGGCCUUUGCGGUCAUGUGUACUGCUGGGCCUGCGUCCUACAUUAUGCUGCAGCUCAUGAGAAGCAGCCACCGCCCUGCCCUGUGUGUGCUACACCACUACAUGUCAAAGAUAUGAAACCCACAAGGAUUGUACAAUGGGGUUCUCCUGCUGAAGAGGUGACGAUGCGCCUUGUACGUCGUCUGCGAGGUUCAACCACAGUUGAAGUGGCGCCUCCACGCGGACAAGUGACCGAAGCGGCAAUACCCAUUUUGCCUUUAGAAAACAUCAAUAAUGCACCAUACUGCAAGAUGUUUUCUGCUAAUAAGCAACAGGUCCAUGAAAUUUUGAAACGGGAGAGGGAAGAAAUACAAAGACAAAUAUUGGCAGAAAUUGAUACAACUGAAAUAGUUUUCUUGGAACAAGCAUUAGAAAUGCUCAAGUUGAAAGAAGAAAACAUUGACGCUAAGUUUUAUGAACCAAAGGUUAAAGAAGAGGAAAAUGAUAGUACAGUUACUACUGUAUAUGAAAAACAAGAAGUAAAUCAAAACAAAUUGGACUGGUUCGACGUGAAUGACGAAGGAGGAGCUGCAUGCAUUGAUAUCAUUCAUAAUAAUAUGGAGGACCUAAAUCUUAACGCAGUUGAUUCCAACUUAAAUCCUGACGCACCAUCUUUUGAAAUGGAUGAUGUACAGACAGAAGAAUUUCCACUAAUUGAAUGUGUACCUGAAGAAACAGACCCAAUUGAGGACAAUGCUGUAACAGACAUUGAUAAACUCAACCAAGCUAAAUAUUUUUAUUUCUAUCAAGCUGAUGAUGGACAGCAAGUAUUUCUCAACAGUUUGAAUGUGCGCAUUCUCAAUGCAUCUUGGGGUGCAUUAGCUGCUGCGCCGCAAGUUAUAACUGGCCGCGUAUUGCAUCGAGAAACAUUCUCUCUCAGUGAACAAACUAGAAAACAUAUGCCUUGCACCGCACACUUGCCUCUCUAUUGUGCGUAUGAUAUUGUGGAGCUGGAAUUACAGCCACCUUAUGUAACUCCAUCAGCUCUGCAAAGCUUCACUGAUGAAUUGGACCGUCGUGCACGGAUGCGCGCGCGUCAUGAGCGUGAGGAGAGACGCCGCGAGCGCGCUUACCGUCGCGCCAUAGAGGGGCCGCCGAAGCCAGACGUUUUCUCUGAAGUUCUUUUCCCACCGGCUCCGCCCUCAUUCUCCAGCCCACCUUUAGACCCUGGGCCAUUGACAACAUUUGAACAAUCUAGCCCAUCUACUAGCUUCGGAUCCCCGCCCCCGGGUCCAUCGUUUGCUAAGAUGGCGAGCACUUGCGGCACUUGGCGCGUGCGUAAAGUUGCGGAAGCUCCGCCGCCGCCCCCCGCUGCUGACGACGAGGUGUCGGCUCCGCGCUCGCUGGUGCUGAGUGACGCUAUCGAAGCUGCGCUCCACGCCGCCUCCUCGCCCUCUGGCAAGAAAAACAAAAAGUCUAAGCAAAAGGUCCUCUUUGCAACUGGGAUGCAGCGCUCCGCUUAAUAUUCAAUGUGAUUUACGUUAUAGUUACUAUUUGUUAAUAAUUUAAUUUUGGUUACUGGAUUUGGUUUCUUAGUUUGCAAAUUAUAAAAUAUUAUUUUCUACUUGUGAAUCAUACAUUGAGUCAUAUAUUAUAACCUAUAGCUAUUCUGCAAUUACGUAGAUAAAGCAACGUCUUAUUAUAAAAAAAUAUAUUCUUUAAUAGCUAUAUUAGAAACUAACGACUUUGGUCUCCAUUUAAUGGCAAGAUAUUAAGCUCUUCAUUGUGUUACAAGAUUUGUGGUGAAAUAAAAUAUGAUUAUAUUACA